AACACUAUUUCAGUCGAAAAUUUUACGCACUCGUGUGAAGUUUGUGCCGGUGAAAAAUAAAAUUAUUAAAUAUUAGUUAAACAUGUGUUUUAAUCAGCUGUGACUGUGAAUAAGUUUUGAAGUGUGUAUUUAACUAUCCUUGAGUUUGUAAACGUUACUAAAAAUCAAUCAAGAUGAGGUUAGCAGGGGCUAUUUUCUCCAAUGUUACGAAAAUGCUUGAUUUUUACUCGCAAUUCAACCCUUCGCCGCUAUCUAUAAAGCAGUUUAUAGACUUUGGUUUGAAUGCGUGCGAGAGUAAAUCUUUUCUCUUUUUGAGGAAAGAGCUGCCUGUCAGGCUCGCGAAUAUAAUGAAAGAGAUAGCGCUGCUACCAGAGAACCUACUACGGAUGCCGUCAGUCGGGCUGGUCAACCAAUGGUAUGAGAGGUCUUUCGAGGAGAUCAUCCAGUUUGAGCAAAUGGAACCGGAUCCACCGAUAUUAAGCUCAUUCUGUGAACGCCUAGUACACAUACGCAACCGUCACGCGGACGUCGUCCAGACAAUGGCUCAGGGUGUACUGGAGCUGAAGGAGUCGCACGAAGUAGACCCCAGCACGGAGAACUCCAUCCAGUAUUUCCUGGACCGCUUCUACAUGAGCCGCAUUUCCAUAAGGAUGCUCAUCAAUCAGCAUACAUUACUGUUUGGCGAGCAAAUAGGUCCAAGACAGGCAUCAGUGACUGGUAUCGGCAGCGGCGGCCGCCAUAUUGGGUCCAUUGACCCCGCCUGUGAUGUCGCGGCUGUAGUGCGCGAUGCGUAUGAGAAUGCCAGGUUCCUGUGCGACAGAUACUAUUUGGCUUCACCUGAAUUACAGCUGUUGCAGGAUGGAGUACCAUCCCAAGGCCCGAUGCCGAUAGUGUACGUGCCGUCCCACUUAUACCACAUGCUGUUCGAGCUGUUCAAGAACUCCAUGCGCGCCGUGAUGGAGACACACGAGGACUGUCCCCCGCCCAUCACCGUCAACCUGGUCAGGGGGCAGGAGGACGUGUCUGUUAAGCUAUCAGACCGCGGCGGCGGCAUCCCGCGCAGCGUGUCGGACCUGUUGUUCAAGUACAUGUACAGCACGGCGCCGCAGCCCUCCAAGUCCGAUGCACACACCGUGCCGCUAGCUGGAUACGGGUAUGGCUUGCCGAUCUCUCGGCUGUACGCCCGCUACUUCCACGGCGACCUGAUGCUGAUGUCGUGCGAGGGUCACGGUACGGACGCCGUCAUCUAUUUGAAGGCUCUAUCAAACGAAGCGAACGAAUUGCUACCAGUGUUCAAUCGAACCUCAACGAAAUUCUACAGGCCGGUCACUCAGCUUGCAGACUGGUCCGGAUCCCUCAACACAAGCAACUCACAAUGCAAGAACCGAGACAAGGUCUCGCCCCUCUCCUCCCCCGUCUCCCAUAGCCUAUAGUCAACAACUAAGGAGUGACGACACUCCUUACAACGGGUAAUUUCUACCUGCAUACGAUGUUUACGAAAAAUUUUUUCUUCGUAAAAAAUCAGCCUGUAUAUAGAAUCGAUGAAGUAAUGUAGGGUUUAGGUUAUAAACAGUGCUUUUUGUAAAACUUACUACCUUUUUUUUUGAAGGAAGAUGUCGGUUUUGAAAUUGUAAAAUUGUGUGUUUUGGGACGCAAUUUCUUACUAUGAAAUUAUAGGGUGACUGGUAA